AUGAAGGCUUAUGGCGUUAGACCGCAGGCAAUGGAAGGCAUGACGGGUAUGGAUUUAUUGAGGACUUUAAAGGUGGAUAUGAGGCAUAAGCUAAGACCAAAGAUCAUUUGGGUCGACUGGUCCCCUCCUCCUUCUGGUUGUUUAAAGCUAAAUGUGGAUGGGGUAUCGAAAGCUGGAUUUUCAGCUGCUGUUCAGCUGGUAUUAAUGUCACUUUUGUGCCUUCUGCUGCUCUCUAUGAAGGUGUCUGUUGCAGCUGUGGGUUUUGGUUUGUUGGGCACUGUUUACGUGCUUUGUUUGGUUGCUGCUGCUGAUGGGGCAUCUACGCUGGUUUGGGUGAUGCUGUGGGUUUUCUCAGCUGAAUUCUUCAGCUCUCUUCCUUAUCUCACUCUGUUGCCUUUUAUUGAUCAAGGAUGGACUGUUUUUGCGCCAUCACAUGGUCCACUCUCUGCUCACCAGUUCUGUGCAGCUGGUUUCAGUUCUGGUUGA